AUGCACAGCAUUCACUACCUAAACAGCAUUCACUACCUACACAGCAUUCACUACCUACACAGCAGUCACUACCUGCAAAGCAUUCACUACUUACACAGCAUUCACUACUGGCAGAGCAUUCACUACCUGCACAACAUUCACUACCUACACAGCAUUCACUACCUACACAGCAUUCACUAUCUACACAGCAUUCACUGCCUCUGCAGCAUUCACUUCCUACACAGCAUUCACUACCUACACAGCAUUCACUACCUGCACAACAUUCACUACCUGCACAGCAUUCACUACCUGCACAGCAUUCACUACCUGCACAGCAUUCACUACAUACACAGCAUUCACUACCUGCACAGCAUUCACUUCCUACACAGCAUUCACUACCUAAACAGCAUUCACUACCUACACAGCAUUCACUACCUACACAGCAGUCACUACCUGCACAGCAUUCGCUACUUACACAGCAUUCACUACUGGCAGAGCAUUCACUACCUGCACAACAUUCACUACCUGCACAGCAUUCACUACCUGCACAGCAUUCACUACCUACACAGCAUUCACUAUCUACACAGCAUUCACUGCCUACACAGCAUUCACUGCCUAUGCAGCAUUCACUUCCUACACAGCAUUCACUACCAUACACAGCAUUCACUACCUGCACAGCAUUCACUACAUACACAGCAUCAGCAUUCACUGCCUACCGAGCAUUCACUGCCUAUGCAGUAUCACUACCUACACAGCGUUCACUACCUACACAGCAUUCACUACCUGCAUAGCAUUCACUACCUGCACAACAUUCACUACCUACACAGCAUUCACUACCUACACAGCAUCAGCAUUCACUGCCUACCCAACAUUCACUACCUGCACAGCAUUCACUACUUACACAGCAUCAGCAUUCACUGCCUACCCAGCAUUCACUACCUGCACAGCAUUCACUACCUGCAUAGCAUUCACUACCUGCACAACAUUCACUACCGCACAACAUUCACUACCUGCACAGCAUCAGCAUUCACUGCCUACCCAGCAUUCACUGCCUAUGCAGCAAUCACUACCUACACAGCAUUCGAUGCCUCAAUACCAUCAUUGCAAAUUCAACAUGCAUUAGAUUUUAAAUAUCACUUUACCAUUUAG